GCCCCAGCCUCCCCAGCAGCCGUCGCCGCCGCCACAGCAGCCGCCGCCGCCGCCGCAGCCGCCGCAGCAGCAGCAGCAGCAGCAGCCGCCGCCCCAGGCCCCCCCCAUGGAGCCCGAGGCCCCGGAUUCCCGCAAGAGGCCCCUCGAGACGCCCCCCGAGGUGGUCUGCACCAAGCGCAGCAACACGGGAGAGGAAGGCGAGUACUUCCUGAAGGUGCUCAUCCCCAGUUACGCAGCCGGCUCCAUCAUCGGCAAAGGUGGCCAGACUAUCGUGCAGCUGCAGAAGGAGACGGGAGCUACCAUCAAGCUAUCUAAGUCCAAAGACUUCUACCCAGGAACUACAGAACGGGUAUGCCUAGUACAGGGCACGGCAGAGGCCUUGAAUGCCGUUCACAGCUUUAUCGCAGAGAAGGUCCGAGAAAUCCCUCAAGCGAUGACCAAGCCCGAGGUGGUCAACAUUCUUCAACCCCAAACCACGAUGAACCCCGACAGAGCCAAGCAGGCCAAGCUCAUCGUCCCCAACAGCACGGCGGGACUGAUCAUCGGUAAGGGGGGAGCGACCGUGAAGGCGGUGAUGGAACAGUCCGGCGCCUGGGUGCAGCUGUCGCAGAAGCCCGAGGGCAUCAACCUGCAGGAGCGCGUGGUGACCGUGAGCGGCGAGCCCGAGCAGGUGCACAAGGCCGUGAGCGUCAUCGUGCAGAAGGUACAGGAAGACCCGCAGAGCAGCAGCUGCCUCAACAUCAGCUACGCCAACGUGGCGGGGCCCGUGGCCAACUCCAACCCCACCGGCUCGCCCUACGCCAGCCCGGCCGACGUGCUGCCCGCCGCGGCCGCCGCCUCUGCCGCCGCCGCCUCGGGUCUGCUUGGCCCGGCGGGGUUGGCGGGCGUGGGCGCCUUCCCCGCCGCGCUGCCCGCCUUCUCGGGCACCGACCUGCUGGCCAUCAGCACGGCGCUCAACACGCUGGCCAGCUACGGCUACAACACCAACUCGCUCAGCCUGGGCCUCAACUCGGCCGCCGCCUCGGGCGUCCUGGCCGCGGUGGCCGCGGGCGCCAACCCCGCCGCCGCCGCCGCAGCUAACCUCCUGGCGUCCUACGCGGGCGACGCCGGGGCGGGGCCGGGGGCGGGGGCGGCACCGCCACCGCCACCGCCCCCCGGAGCGCUGGGCUCCUUCGCGCUGGCCGCGGCCGCCAACGGCUACCUCGGUGCGGGCGCGGGGGGCGCGGCUGGAGCGGGGGGCGCGCCCCUGGUGGCCGCCGCGGCUGCGGCCGGGGCUGCCGGCGGCUUCCUGACGGCCGAAAAGCUGGCGGCCGAGAGCGCCAAGGAGCUGGUGGAGAUCGCGGUGCCCGAGAACCUGGUGGGGGCCAUCCUGGGCAAAGGGGGCAAGACGCUGGUGGAGUACCAGGAGCUGACGGGUGCGCGCAUCCAGAUCUCCAAGAAGGGCGAGUUCCUGCCCGGCACGCGGAACCGGCGGGUCACCAUCACGGGCAGCCCCGCGGCCACGCAAGCCGCUCAAUACCUCAUCAGCCAGCGGGUCACCUACGAGCAGGGGGUGAGGGCCUCAAACCCACAGAAAGUGGGAUGAGGCCUGUGGUGUGCGUCCCCACCCCCUCCCGCUCCUCCUCCCUCUUCCUUCUCUCCCAGCUCCCGCCAGACUUCAGCUUGGUGUGACUCCUGCUUGGCUUGGGAUGGGGCUGGGGUAGGCCUGGCUGCACCCUCCCUUCUGGUAGUCAUAGGCAGGAUUGAGUGACGGCUGAGGAGGGGGCUCUUGAGCCCCCUCCCCAGCCUCGAAUUGACCCCUCUUCUCUCCCUCCCUGUGCUUAACUGGGCCUGACCCGCCUCUCCCAGGGUCCAGGUCUAUGUGAUAUCUGUAUAUAUUGCAUUUUGUUGAUUUUAAUAGAAAACAAAGCGUUA